AUGAGGCGGGGCAGCCGGCAGGCAGCCAGCGCGUUCAUCCAGCGCUCGGGGCAGCGCACGGCCAGCGUCCUGUGGCCCUGGAUCAACCGCAACGCCCGCGUGGCCGACCUUGUGCGCAUCCUCACGCACCUGCAGCUGCUCCGCGCUCGGGACAUCAUCACGGCCUGGCACCCUCCCGCCCCACUGCCAGCCCCCAGCACCACCGUCCCGAGGCCCACCAGCAGCAUCUCUGCACCCUCUGAGGGUGAGACUCCCAGCCCCCGGAAAUUGCAGUCAUCAGCCUCCACCUUCCUCUCCCCAGCUUUUCCAGGCUCCCAGAGCCAUUCCCGGCCUGAGCUCAAUCCUGUCCCAAGCCCUGCGGCACUCCAGCCACCACCACCAUCUCUAGCUCCUUCUUCUACUACGCGGAGCACAGGGAACCCAGUAUCCCUCCUGCGAGGGACCCACCCCACUCCAUUCUGCUGGCCCCUCCAUGAGAUUUCCCAGGGCACCCACAACUUCUCAGAGGAGCUGAAGAUCGGCGAGGGCGGCUUUGGGUGCGUGUACCGGGCUGUGCUGAGGAACACGGUGUAUGCUGUGAAGAAGCUGAAGGAGGAGGCAGACCUGGAGUGGACUACGGUGAAGCAGAGCUUCCUGACCGAAGUGGAGCAGCUGUCACGGUUUCGUCACCCAAAUAUCGUGGACUUUGCUGGCUACUGCGCUCAGAGUGGCUGCUACUGCCUCGUCUAUGGCUUCCUGCCCAACGGCUCCCUGGAAGACCGCCUCCACUUCCAGCGCCUGGACAUCCUUCUGGGCACAGCCCGAGCAAUUCAGUUUUUACAUCAGGACAGUCCCAGCCUCAUCCAUGGUGAUGUCAAGAGCUCCAACGUCCUUCUGGAUGAUAGACUGAUGCCCAAACUCGGAGACUUUGGCCUGGCCCGGCUCAGCCGCUUUGCAGGGGCCAACCCUGGCCAGAGCAGCACUGUGGCCCGGACUCGGACGGUGCGCGGCACCCUGGCCUACCUGCCCGAGGAGUACAUCAAGACCGGGAGGCUGGCCGUGGACACCGACACCUUCAGCUUCGGCGUGGUAGUUCUGGAGACCCUGGCUGGCCAGAGGGCUGUGAGGAUGCAUUGUGCCAAGACCAAGUAUCUGAAAGACCUGGUUGAAGAGGAGGCAGAGGAGGCCGGGGUGACCCUGAAAAGCACCCAGACCACCCUCCAGGCGGGUCUGGCCGCAGACGCCUGGGCCGCCCCGAUCGCCACCCAGAUCUACAAGAAGCACCUGGACCCCAGGCCUGGGCCAUGCCCACCCGAGCUGGGCCUGGCCCUGGGCCAGCUGGCUUGCUGCUGCCUGCACCGCCGGGCUAAGAGGAGACCCCCCAUGACCCAGGUGUACGAGAGGCUGGAGAAGCUGCAGGCAGCAGUGGCAGGGCCGUUGCUGGAGCCAGAGGCUGCCAGCCAUGGCCCCCCUUCCCCACAGGAGAACUCCUACAUGUCCACCACCAGCAGUGCCCCAAGCAGUGCCAGCCCAUGUCAGCCCCCGGCAGUGCCCUCAGGAGCCUUGGCCCAGGCUACAGAGCGGCUCCAGAAAGGCCCCAACCAGCCCGUGGAGAGUGACGAGAGCGUGUCCGGCCUGUCUGCUGCCCUCCAUUCCUGGCACCUGACCGCGAGCUGCCCCCCGGGCACGACCCUGCCGGGCAGCCCUGGACGAGAGGCCGCCGUCUGGGCCCCAGCCUCCCUCAAGCAGGCCAGCUGUACUCAAGGGGGCACCACUCCAGAGUCGAGAUCGGGCGGCAGCCUGGAGCUCCGGCCCACAGCUGUGGAAGAAUCGCUCCUGGGCAGCUCUGCAUCAUCACGGCCCCCGCAGAUUGUCAUUAACCCGGCCCGACAGAAGAUGGUGCAGAAGCUGGCCUUGUACGAGGACGGGGUCUUGGACAGCCUGCAGCUGCUGUCGUCAGGCUCCCUCCCAGGCUUGGCCCUGGAACACCAAAACAGACGGGACCCCGAAGAGAGUGAUGAAUUUCAGAGCUGACCUGUUCACCUGGACAGAUCCCCCAAACUCGGAAGUCAAAGUUCUCAUGGUCGGAAGUUCUCAUGGCGCGCGAACCCUCGGGAGCCCUCGAGCAGUAGGGGUAGGGGCCCCUCCUCUCAGGCGACAGCAGGUGGUGGCCCCUGUAGUGUAGGCGUGUGGGCACGGGCCAGCCUCAGAGCCACCCACACCGGCUGCUGGAAGCUGUCCAUAACGCCUGCCUUCAGUCCAGCAUUCGGGGGAGAGCAAGGCCAAUGUCGUGGGAGGGGUGUGUGCCACAAUGGCCAGAGGGGAGAGGUGAGUGGGACUGCAGCGGGGGGCCGGCUCCCCUGAGAGUUGGGCAGGGCGAUUGCAGCCCAGGCCGACAAGCAGCCACCCUUAGCCUUUCUCUUUGUACUUUGCUGAAGCCAUGGGGAAAAGCGGCCGCUCUGUAGAGCAGAGCAGAGGAGGCUGGGGCCCUCCCAGCUGCUCGUCAUGUGGAAAAGUGACAUGGCCGCCCUGUGGUUCAGUCCACUAGCCAGAAGCGAGGGUUCUGAGAUACCCCAGAGAGUCUAGUGGCGCCCCCAUCGGGCCAGUGUCUGUAGGCUUCACGGAAGAGUUUUGAGCUAAGCUAACGUGAGUGCCUGCUCGCCAGGCCGCCCAUGGGUGUUACAGGUAGGCACCCAGCCAAGUCAGGCUCCAGAGCCCGGAGGCUCAGCAUCAGGCCCAGGAACUGAUUGUGACGGAGUGGCUAUUACCCAAGGUUCACGUAGGCCCAAGUCCUAUGUUACCCAGACAGUGAGAAGCCCCAAGGCGACAAGUCGGGAGCGAGGCAGAGGAGGAGGAAAAAGAACAUGCGAGUCAGUUUUAGAAACAGUGAGGUUUCAUGUAACCGAGCGUCUUGGAAAGUAGCCCAGGGCUGUAGCACAGGCUUACAAUGAUUUUGUGUCCACAGUCAUGAGUCACACUACAUGCCCCACAAAGCUAGGCAUUGGUGAAGUCCAAGUUGUCCUGGAGUAAUAAAAGCUUAUGUGUCGA